GAAAAUCUAAGACAAAAGAGUCCCUAAUUCUAUUAGUUCUUCUCAUCUCAAACUACCAUCAACUCAACCCUUUCAAAGCCUCCACCACCCACCCUUUUCUUCACGCCGCCGUCCACGCCACCGCUGUUGCGAUUCACUCCGCUGCUGCUGGCGUCGCUCUUGCUGCCGUCGUUCUCAGCCGCUGCUCCGUCUCAGGUUCGGGUAGUUUGCGGGUAAUCCUAUUAGAAUUGCGACGGUUUAAACGGGUUCAGGUUCAGAUACCAUUAAAUGGGCAGUUUAUUUUACUUGAGAACAUCCAAAAAUAGCAGCACCUGAAGAUUUGUCCAGUAGUAAUUCAAAGGAGACGCUUUCUCUGCCAUAUUCCACACCUUCCACUGCAAAUUUUCUCUGCAACCAAACACCACGCACCUACCUCCAUCAUUUCUCUAAACAUGCCCUGCUACAGUUGCGGACACCGAUCCCUAAUCCGCGAUGACAUAACCGGAAGCCUCGUGUGCGAUUCGUGCGGAACUGUUCAGAAAUUCGACAACUACGAGACUCACACUGGCGGUGUGAAUGGUCCUCAAGGUGUUUUUGUCCGUGUUGGAACUUCAGGUACGGGUAGUACAUUGAAUUACAAAGAGAAAAAGAUCUUCGAAGCAAAUAAACUUAUUGAUGAUAUAGCCUAUAAGUUAAAUUUAUUGGGUCAAAAAGUUACUGAUAUUAAAUCAAUGAUUGAUAAUAUUACUGAUGGUGAGUAUGGUCAAGGUGAUUGGUUCCCAGUUCUUAUAGGCGCGUGUGCUUAUGUUGUAGUGAGGAAUGAAAAUAAAACAACGUUGUCUAUUGCUGAAAUUGGAGAUUUAAUUGGUUGUGAUGUUUAUGAAUUAGGUAGAAUGGUGACUCGUGUUGUUGAUCAUUUGAAUAUAAAGCUUCCCGAGUUUGAUAUAGUGACUAGUUUUGAGAAAGUAGUUAGGAAUUUGUUUAAUUUAGGGAGAGUUGAGAGUGAUAAAUUUGAGAGAAUGAGAGAGCAAGGGGUAUUUUUGAUACAAUGUAUGAUUAACUGGUUCUUAACCACGGGGAGACGGCCGUUGCCAAUUGUUGCAGCGGUGUUGGUUUUGGUUGCAGAGUUGAAUGGUGUUGAGGGUGUGAGGAUUGAAGAUGUGGCGAGGGAAGUGCAUGCGGCGGUGUCUACUUGUAAGUUGAGGUAUAAGGAGUUGUUAGAGGCUCUUGUGAAAGUUGCGCAGGUUUUGCCAUGGGGAAAAGAUGUGACAGUUAAGAAUGUGGUGAAGAAUGGGCCUUUUGUAUUACGUUAUAUGGAAAUGAAAUCGAUGGAAAAAUGUGAUGGGCACAGGAAAGGUUUGCAUUAUGGUGGAUUUGAUUUGGGAGAGGUGGUUAGUCAAUGUUUGAGGAAAGAUGAUGUUGAGUAUGGUGUUGAAGAGAAGAGUGUAGAAUGUGGUGAUUCUAGGUAUUUUGAGGUGGAAACUGGAAGUGAGUUGAGUAAAAUGGGAGAUGAUGGUAUGAAGAAACUUCAGCUUUCACAUGAAUGUUUGUCUAUGGUUUAUAAUAAAUUCUUGAAUGAGGCUAGCUGUGGCAAAUAUAAAGAAGAGAUUGGAAGGGCAUAUAGAAGGAAAAGCAAGAGGGCAUUUGAGCUUUUUGCAACAGAUUGGUGGAAUGGGAAAUCAGAAUUGAGCAAGAAGAUUUUCUUGAAGCAAAUACUGGAGAAAGAUGUGGGAUUAGAUCUAAUGCCCCCAUCUUUUGUUAAUGGCUGUGUGGUAGUUGAGAGGAGGAGAGCAAAGAUAAAUACUGCAAAGCUGCGCAUUGAAAGGAUUGUGCAUCCUUGGACUGCUGAUUCAGGUGAUUGUAGUGACAUUGAUAUUCUACAAGAUUUACAUACUAACAAGAGGAAAAGAAAGACACCUGCAAAAGGAAUUGAUUGGGAAGAUUUUGUCAUAGAGACCCUCCUGCUUCAUCAAGUGAAAGAAGAGGAAAUUGAGAAGGGGCAUUAUAAUACCUUGCUGGACUUACAUGUGUUCAAUUCUGGGACAACAUGAUGGGCUCGCAAAUGGCAGGCAUGGCUAGAUUUAUAUUUUGUUUUUUGUUUUUUCAGCUUCAUGACUUGAAGAAUAUGUUGCAAAAAUACUCGAACAGGUAUGAUGGAUAUUGUAUAUAUAUAUAUAUUUUUUUUUGAGUAGAUAGAUUUGUUUAUUCUACCACAGGAAUCUCCAGCUCCUUGGUGUUUUUAUAUAAAUUCAUAGUUAGAGAAGUUCAAUUACAAAACUUUGACAUGUAUACUUUCAUAUUUUAGUUGUAUUUGAAAUAUGAUACCUUUUCUCAUUUAAUUAUUUGGCACUUUAUUCUCCCCUUCUUAACUUGAGGUGGUCUGUCUGUCUCUAUUAUAUAUUAGUUGAGUGUCUUGCUCCAAAUGCUUGGUUUACAUCAUUCCUUUCCUCCACAUUGCCUAUCCUAUAUGAUUUGUACUGCCAUCAACAAUCCCUCGCUGUCUGCUUUCUUAUAUCCACUUGCCUUUCUUCCUCCUCCUUAUAAGGCUAGGUAAGCGAAUUAACUAAAGAAUCAAAAUCAUCAUCUCACAAACAAAGCUUUGUCUUUCAUAUCAAUCAAAUCCUCUUUUAUCUGAUAUUUAAAUCCGGAUUCCUCUCUCCGCUGUGCUCAAUGGGUUCCUAGCUUCUCUGCUGUAAAUUGCUUUUGAGGCUAAUUUGUAUGAUUGUUACUCGAACAAAAGUCUUUAUUUAUACCAGGUGAUCAUACACAGAAGACAAACUCAAAUGGAAAAACCAAAAUGCCUAGCAUUUGUAUUGACUUCCAGAAUUGAUUUAGUUUUCGAGCAGCUGUCCCUUCUCCAAAUGCAAGUGCUGCUUGUUUAUGUGCUGAUGACCUGGAUAACUUGGAAAGAUAAGAAUUUGCACACGUGCAAAUCUGUUAUGCUGUUUCUUGUUGAAGCAAAGGUUUGGCUUAUGGUAAUUUACUACUCUUUUUAUGUACCUGGGAAAAAGAAAAGCAGGAUGAGUACGAAUAUUAUAUUUUCUCUUCCCAGCAAUAGCAGUUAGAAACCAUUUAGUUACCAAUAGAAACACAUUUGAAGUUUAAUUUACCUGACGUUUGAGGGUUCUAUUUAUCCUUGAAUGAUUGUUCUCCAGUUUUGCAGGAUUGCAGUCGAAGCUAAUCUUCCCUCCAUUCAGCUUUCAGCACUAGAGAACAUGUAUUAUAGCCACAUGAUAAGAUUUGGUAAUGUUGAGGAGGGCAGCAUGAAAUUAGCAACCUGAAGCAGUCAAAAAGAAGGGAGCUUGAAACUCAGAAUUUGGCAAGGGACUGCUUCUCUGAGACUGAUACAGAUGAGGAUGAUAAUUUUCAGAUAUCAGUUCUUAUCCAUCCCACUCACCAAAGAUUAAUAGCUCUGGCUGUACAAAUUCAAAACUUUUAGCUGGUGUUGAAGAGUUGAAUGAUGAUUUACCUUUGAUUUCACUACUGCAUCCCAGUAAACGGGCAUCUAGAAAGAAAACAGCUUGUGUAGAAGCUGCACUACAUCUGAUAAACUGGCCGAAGUUUCUCCCAGAUGUUUGUCUAAAACUAGCAAUCAGCAGACUGUUAUUGGGCAUAAACGUGUCCAAGUGGUCAUUUCAGAUGAUGAAGGUAAAAUACAGAAUGAGGAGAACUUCUUUGGAGGAAGGUUUCAUGAACAUACAGUGGACAGUGUUGCUACUUCUGAUGGAUUUAAGGAGAAAAAGAAUCUAGCUAGAUCUGCAAACGAAUUUUCAGGCAUGCAAAUAUCUGAAUGAAGCAUUCAGAGUAAGUUUCUCAUUGGAGAUUAUGAAGUCUAACUCCUACAAGCUUCACAUUUUUUGUUUGAUAGGAUUUCGCAAGGGCUACACCCAAGUAUGCUAAAAGUUCGUACAAUCCUGCAAGCUUAAUGCAUAGGCAUAAAGCUGCCUGUCUCAAGUUGCAUAACUUUGCCAAUGACAACAAAAUCAGCUGUUGAAUUGCACGCACAGGCAUUAACGCAUGCUUAUGUGGACACAUAAAUAUCAGAAGGUUUGAAGGGUUUAGGUGGUAAGCAGAUAUAUGAAGAAGCGUCUUUAAUUUUUUUUCUUGAACUCUUAUUUACCUAUUGAAGACAAUCCAGAGUAUUAGAAAUUAAUUGAUCUGUUGAAAAAGAUAUUUCUAAGUUCCUUUAAUUGUUAUUUACGUAUUGAAGGAAAUAUAAAAUAUUAGAAAUUAGUUUUCUUA